AUGACGAGUACAGAAUCGGACGAUUCUGAUGAUGAACUGCCAACAUUAUGGGAAAAAGGUGUCACUGGUAGUGGCCAAGUUUUUUAUAUAGAUCAUGAACAUCAAGAAACUCAAUGGGAACAUCCAUUAACAAAAAAUAUGACGUAUAUACCGAAAGGUACGCGAAAACGAAGUGAACUUAACAAACGAUACAGUAUAGUUGAUCCUAGAAUUAUAUUAAAACAAGAUGCAUCAACAGAAGAUCUCAGUACUUCGUAUGGUCAUCAAUCAACAGCGUUACAUAUUCUAUAUGGAAAAGAUCUCUCACAUAAAACAGCUAUAAUAACUGGAGGAACUACUGGCAUUGGUUUUGAAGUUGCUCGCUCAUUAGCAAAACAUGGUUGUCACGUAAUUAUUGGAUGUCGUAAUUUAACCAAAGGAGAAGCAGCUUGUGCAAAAAUAAGACAGGAACAAAAAAAUAUUGAUAUUAGUUGUCGAGAAUUAAAUCUAUGUUCUUUGAGAAGUGUCAAACAGUUCAGUGAAAAGUAUCGUCAAGAUCGUUUACCAUUACAUUUGUUAAUACUGAAUGCGGGUAUUUUAAAAACAAAACUUGAUUUGACAGAAGACGGCAAUGAAGAAAUGUUUCAGGUUAACUAUUUAGCACAAGUUUAUUUAACAAUGAGUCUAUUACCAAGUUUGUUAACAACAAAAUCAAAAGGUCCAACACGUGUUGUUGCCGUCAGUUGCGAAGCACAUCGUGUUGAAAGUCCUGGCAUAUCGACAGUUGAUGGAAUUAAAAUUGAACGUUUAAAUUCACGUUCUCCAGCUUAUUUUGAUCAUUUAUUAGCAUAUGGUCAAUCUAAACUGUGCUUAAUCAUGUUCAUCGCUGAAUUAAAAAGAAAUUAUCCACUUGCAUCACCACAAGAUCCAACUGCAUUAAUCUUAUAUAUGACAGGAAAUGAAAAAGCCGCGUGA